AUAGCAUUGUAACUUGAUAUUUUCAGAGAAUGUACUGGCCUGGAGAUGCAAUUGUCAACAACCAAGUAGCACAAACAACUGUUUAUUCCUGUCACCGUAGUGAAGCAGCCACACAAUCUACCACUUCCUAUAGAAUAUCCAAUCUACUGAAACUCAUUCCAACAUGUCUCAACCAAGUGAUAUCCAAUCUGACGGGAUCAGUGAACAGUGUUGUGGAUUUGCACUGAACACUAUAACUUCGGUCGUUUAUUUGAGAACAUAAAUUUUUCAUUAUAUGUACAUGAUUCUUCCGUUGUUUGUCCACAUUGUAAAUUAAUCAUCAUUCAUUAUUGUCCUCAUAUUGUUAACAUCUGUUCGUGUUUUCACUGGGAAUUGUGUAAUGCUUUCAUCAGAAC